AUGUUCGCCAAUGUUUGCCUGUCCGCUUUGUCUUUCGCAGAGCGCCUCUGGGGAAGUCCUGGGAGGCCAAUUUCGGCUGCUGAAAGAAGGACAUCCAGGUUGAAGAUUGCCCGUAACAGCGUUGGUGUCGACACUGUCGAUAACCUAGACAAGAAAGGGAAGGUAGCGAAGAGAGUGCUAAAGGUUAGGGCGACGUGGGUGAGAGAUGGCGGUCAAUGA